UCAUUGGGGGAGGGGACCAUAGACUAUACAAAAAACACAUCACACUUCCUGAAGUUAUUUCAUCCUGUUUGAACUCGAAUUGGUGACGCACUUUGUUCUAAAAUAUAUGUUUGGUAUACAAAUUCUCCGAUUACUUCUUUAGCGCGGAUACCAUGACUGCCGAAUUUAUCAAUAUCUAGAAAGACCAAGAUCUGGUUCAAUAGUUCGACAUUCAUAAUGCGGAUAAACUCUAAAUGGGCUUUAGUUUGUUUCAUACAGGCUAGACGCUGAUCUGGAAGUAUCGGACUACAGCUCUAUUAAAAAAAGGUGCUCAUAAUGGCUUCCUUGACUUUCAUUGGCACAACUCAGGUCCUCAUGUCAACCCAAUAACAGACUCCAUAAGCAAUCAAAAGCCAAGAAUCAAGAGUAGGUGUCUCUGAUGGCUGGCCAGGUCUUGGAGAUUCUGGAGGACCUGACAAAAGAAGAAUUUUUAAAGUUGAAGUUGUAUCUGAAUGAAGAGGUGCUGGAAGGAUGUAGACCCAUCCCACAGGUUCGACUGGAGGACCAAGGUGUGACAGGUGUCGUCACCUUGAUGAAGAGUUCCUAUGGUAACAAGAUGGUGCAGGUCACACUGGAGAUCUUAAAGAAAAUUUCGAGAAAUGACCUUGUUGAGAGACUGGAGAGAAAUCUGGAAAGUGGUUAAGUGUCCAUUUAACCCUCUCAGUCACACCCUCUAAAGAAUCUACCCUUUAAGGCAGCUCUACUCAACUCCUGGUCCUGUGGCCCACAGGGUCUGCAGGCAUUCACUCCAACCGUGCGCUACACCACCUGAUUUAACUCCUGAUCCACUUAUUAUCUGAACCAAGCAGGUGAAGCAAUUGAUGAAAUCAGGUGGUGUAGCGCACAGUUGGGAGUGAAUACCUACAGACACUGCGGCCUGCAGGACAAAAAUAGGAAAUAAUAAUUGUAAUAAUUUUAAAUGAAAAUGUAUUUGAAGUUGUAGGGAAAAUUCACAGAGCAGGAGACCCCCCCCCCCAAAAAGUACAAAUCAAAAUCAGACUCUGCCCUAAUGAACAAGCUGGUUCCUCCAACGCUUUCGAAAAUGUAGGCUAAGAGUGUAUCAAUAUAUAUGUAUACACAACAUAUAAUCCAUAUAUCAUAUGUAUGCUGUUUUUAUUAAAUUGAAUGAACCUAGAACCUGUUUAUAACCAAGCUUAUGAAAACGCAAGAAACCACAGUGUACACUGUCGAUAGGAGAGCAAAGACUGCAAGAUUAAAGAAUUAUGUUUAGUCACUUAGAAUAAAGUAGUGAGUAGAUGUGUAGUAAUAUAUAUUCCAUAAUUUCUUUGAUGAUUAAUGUAUAUCUUCUAUGAUGUCACUGCUGUUCAGUUUACCUAUACUUUCUAUGACUUACUUUUAUUUUCAUUUGAUGUCUAUCAUAUAAUUUCUAUGAUUUUGAUUUGACUGAUGCUCAGUACAUCUGUGUACUCCUUUAUGACUUUUUACUGAUGAAUAUUGUUAUUAGAAAUGCAUAGGUGGCCCACAUGUAAUAAUCCAAAGCUAAGUGAAAUGAUGAAUAUGAGGUGGAAAUCACCAAAACUGAUCUAUAGGUCGUAGAAAGUUCUGGAAAACACUAUAUAGUGAAUAGCACCGUGUUUCAUAUGUUUUUCAUGUUAAAAACUUAAGUUUAUUAGACGACACAGCCUAUAGCACAAAAUGUAUGGAAAAUGAUCUUUCUUUGUUUUGAGAAUCAAGGGGAAAACUCGCCACAGUGGUUUCAGGACUGAAAAGUAAACAUCUGCAACGUAGCCAGGUCAUAUGAUGGUUUUUAAGAAAGCUAUUGGUUGUACUGAGAUAAGGAUUGUGCAUAAAAAUAAGGUUUUGUCUAUUAUUCAAGGUUGGAAAUCUGAGGAUUUGAACUGGCUUUUGUGCACGUGUGCUACAAUAAAGUCAAAUUUUCUGCAGACUUUACUUUCGUGGGAUCUUUUCACUUCCUGGAAUUGUUUUACAACUGAUUGGAGAUCGGACCUUGAGAGCUUCUGUUUCCUAGCAACGACAAAGUCCUUGAAUGUCAGGGAGGAUCUGAGCUCUGCAGCUGCAGCCGGUGAUUACAGCCCUGAGAGGAAGCGCGAGAGGAGCUUGAAUGCAGAGCCUGUGUCUGAGACCCAGCAGGGAGGGGCACAGCAGUCCCUGACUGUUGAUGUACCCCUGAGCUCCAAUCACCAGGACCUGGACACAGAAAAAAACCAAUGUGCUCAACGUGUCCAGAAGAACCUGAAGUUGAUUCUGAAGCAGAAGUAUGAGUGCAUAUAUGAAGGGGUUGCCAAGCCAGGAAAACAUGCCCUCCUCAAGAGCAUUUACACAGAGCUCUACAUCACAGAGGGGGACUGUGAACGGGUCAAUAAUGAACACGAGGUGUGGCAGAUUGAAACAGCAACCAGGACACAGCCUACACAAGACACUGCAAUUAAAUGCAACAACAUCUUUAGACCCUUAGCUGGACAAGGCAGACCCAUCAAAACUGUAAUGACCAAGGGCAUCGCUGGUAUUGGAAAAACGGUCUCUGUGCAGAAGUUCAUUCUUGACUGGGUGGAAGGAAAAGCUAAUGAGGAUAUUGAUUUCAUGUUUGUCCUUCCUUUUCGGGAGCUGAACUUACUUCAUGAGCAGCACAGUCUCCAUGAGCUUCUGCACGUCGUUCACCCUGGAAGGAAAGAGUUUGAAAACAUUGAGCCUGAAAAUUACAAGGUUUUCUUCAUCUUUGAUGGUCUGGAUGAAAGCAAACAUCCCUUGAAUUUCAGACACAAUAAGAUCCUGUCUGAAGCAAGGAAGACAUCCCCAGUGGAUGUGCUACUGACCAACUUCAUUAAGGGGAAUCUACUUCCCUAUGCUCUCCUCUGGAUCACCUCCCGACCAGCAGCAGCCAAUCAGAUCCCUCCAAAAUGCAUCCACCGACUGACAGAGGUCAGAGGGUUCAAUGAUGCACAGAGAGAGGAGUAUUUUAGGAAAAGAUACGCAGAUCAGAAUCUGGCUGGUAGAAUUAUCUCACACAUAAAGACAUCCAGGAGUCUGCACAUCAUGUGCCAUAUACCAGUCUUCUGCUGGAUGUCUGCCGCUGUUCUGGGAAGACUUUUGGGUGGAACUGACAGGGAAAUAAUCCCUAAAACUCUGACUGAAAUGUACACACAUUUCCUGCUCAUUCAGUCAGACUUCAAGAAUGAGAAAUAUGAGGACAGAUCUGAGAAGUCAGAGAAAGAAAUCCUCCUAAAACUGGGGCAGCUAGCUUUUCAACACCUGAAGAAGGGCAAUCUGAUGUUUUAUGAGGAGGACCUGCAAGAGUGUGGCAUUGAUGUCACAGAAGCUUCUGUGUACUCUGGGGUGUGCACAGAGAUCUUUAAAGAGGAGCCUGUGCUGCAUCAGAAGAAAGUCUACUGCUUUGUGCAUCUGAGCCUCCAGGAGUACAUGGCUGCUUUGUAUGUGAUUCAUUCCUUCAUCAGCAAGAACUUCAGGGCAUUGAAGAAUUUUUUUGGUCUAAAGACUUUAGCGCCACUCCAUGAUUUGCACAAGAAAGCUAUUAAGAAGGCUUUGGAAAGUGAGAAUGGACAUCUGGACCUCUUCCUCCGAUUCCUUCUGGGCCUCUCACUGGACUCCAAUCAGCGCCUUCUCCCAGGUCUACGGCCACAGACUGGAAGCAACUCCGAGAGCAUCCAGAAAACAGUUCAGCACAUCAAGGACUUUAAAGAGGAAGAUCCCUCUCCAGAAAGAUGCAUCAAUCUGUUUCAUUGUUUGUCUGAACUCAAUGAUGAUUCAAUUCUGAUGGAAACCGAAAAGUUGGAGCAUUCCAGUCAAAAGUUCUUACCUGCGCACUGCUCCAUCCUGGCCUAUACACUCCUCAGAUCGGAAAAGGCGUUUGAUACCUUUAACCUGAGAGGGUACAACACCUCAGAGGAGGGGCGAAGACGACUGGUCCCAGCUGUGAGGUGCUUCCAGAAGGCUGUACUUAGUGGCUGUAAUCUCACAGAGAAAUCUCUUCAGCUCGUGGGCUCCGCCCUGCAGUCAGUCUCCUCCCCCCUCAGAGAGCUGGACCUCAGCAACAACAACCUGGGAGAUUCAGGAGUGGAGCUGCUCUGUGCUGGACUGAAGAGCACAAACUGUAAACUACAGACUUUGAGGCUCAGGGAGUGUAACCUCACAGAGGGCUGCUGUGAUGUUCUGGCCUCAGUCCUGCGUUCUCCUCACUCAGAGCUGAGAGAUCUGGAGCUCAGAGACAACAAGCUGCAGGACUCAGGAGUGAGAGCGCUCUCUGCUGGACUGGAGGACCCACACUGUAAACUGCAGAGACUGGGGCUGUCAGGCUGUGGAGUCACAGAGAGAGGCUGUGAUUCUCUGGCUUCAGCUCUGCGUUCAAACGCCUCACACCUGAGAGAGCUGGACCUGAGCUACAAUCACCCUGGAGACUCAGGAGUGAGAGCGCUGUCUGCUGCUAAACUGGACACACUCACACUGCUUGUAGACCAUGGAGGAGAGAGCAGGCUGAAACCAGGACUGAGGAAAAGUCUCUCUGCCCUGAAUCCUGUGAAAUGGAGACAGCACAUCCACUGACGAGCAUUGGAAGGACAGGGACGUAAUUUCAACAAGGGAAAAAAUUCUCAGUCUUUUACAUGCUGUAGGGGAAAAUUCACAGAACAAAAGAUAUCCCUCCUAAAAGCAUGAUAAACAAUCACAAGUCAAAAUCAGACUCCACCUUGAUGAGCAGGCUGGUUCCUCCAAAACUCUCGAUGAUGUGUGCUAAAAGUGUAUUAAUAUAUCCAUAUUAAAGUAUGAUAUGUACCCUGUAUAGUUUCAAACUGAUUAACUGCUAAAUUGUGCUAGAAUUACACAGUGAACCCAUAUGUAACCGGAGUUGAAUAAAGCAGCCAGCUGGGGGGGGGCUUAUGAGCUGAGCUUAUGAAAACGCAAGAAACCAGUGAAAACUGUUGAAAUAAGAGCAAAGAAUGGAAAGAAUGCAACAUACAUUUUAAUCAAUAUUAAUCAAAUGUUUAGUAUGUCUGUAUAUUUUCAAUGAUUUACUGCUGAUAAGUUUGUGUUAGAAGUGCAUAAGUGACCCAUGUGUUAAAGUUGAGUAAAAUAAUUAAUAUGAAGUGGAAAGUGUAGGGCGGCCUGUAGCGUAGUGGUUAAGGUACAUGACUGGGACAUGCAAGGUCGGUGGUUCUAAUCCUGGUGGAGCCACAAUAAGAUCCACACAGCCGUUGGGCCCUUGAGCAAGGCCCUUAACCCUGCAUUGCUCCAGGGGAGGAUUGUCUCCUGCUUAGUCUAAUCAACUGUAUGUCGCUCUGGAUAAGAGCGUCUGCGAAAUGCCAAUAAUGUAAUGUAAUGUUGACUUGCCUACUUGAUCCAAUCCCAGGGUUUGAUUUGCACUUUAUUGUACGUCGCUCUGGGUAAGAGAGUCUGCCAGAUGACUGUAAUGUAAUGUAGAGGAAAGAGUAGGAGGGUACUACUUGAACCAUUCACCCUACACACAUUGCUCCUGUGUCCAACACCCACAAGAGACACAUUGUAUGAGUUAGGAAGACGCUUAUGAAAAUAAAAUCUACAGAUUAGAGGUAAAAACAACAGAGCAUAAUCCUAUAAAUCCCCUGGACACCAUCCCCUCCCAUGGUCAGCAUAUCCCCGUUAUGUACUCCUCAAAGAAGUGAGGAAACCAGUCAAAACAUUGGGCAAUCUUCAAUUUAAUUUAUUUUUGUAUAGCACUUUUCACAGAAGACAGUAGCUACUAUUUACAGAGUAACAGAAGGGAAUUAAACAUAUCAGGCCAAAACCCCCAAUAGCAUAUGAGGUAAACGACUCCCUUUGGGAACAGAAACCCUCAAACAAUAGCAAUGUUCCACAUAAUUAAGCUGAAAACCUAAAAUAUUUUUACAUAAACAUCGAUUUAUGUGAAAUUGGCCGCCGCGACUUACAACUAAUUACGAUAGAACAGGUUUUUUUGUACUACUAAAUGUCAGAGUUCCAAAUCAAACCAAAUACUUCUACUGCUAUUCUGUUUUUUCCUCUUUAUGUUUAGACAUCCAAUCCCGUGUCUGUAAACAGGUAAAAAUGAGUAAAACACAGACGAUUGGCCAUAUGCCUAUAUUUCUAUCUAAUUGGUAGCAGAAAUACGAAAGCUUACCUUAUCACCUAGCAACUGCUGCACGGGCUGUCAGUCUGGCGCGUGCAUUCACUUCAACGACUCCACCAUCGGAAAGUUCAGCUAGCUCCUAGCCUAGAGGUAAUCGCCUAAUACUUCUGAUUUAUUUUUUAUUCAUUUUAUAAAAUGCAUAGGUGCCUUAAUACCCUCAGAAGAGGGGAAGAACCUAUGUUUUUUAUUUUUGUUUGAGCCUCCUUUUUAUGAAUAAACGCACCCUUGAGUGCUUAAAACUGCAA